AGCAGCGGCCAUCUUGGUACGUAGGGCUCCUUCGGCUGUGGGCGGGGCAACCAGUGAGGGAUUCGGGAGCCUGAUGGGUGUGGCCCUGGGUCGCUGAGGGCAAAGGGGGGACCACGAUCGGGGGGGCCGCGAGGGAGUUCACCCCCCACCCCCGUAGUUCCGACUCGCCGAGCGGUGCUGGGUCUCGGCGAGCCGCCGCGAGGCAGAGCCGAGCGAGCACCAUGAGCGCCGAAGCCGCUGACCGGGAAGCGGCCACUUCCAGCCGGCCUUGCACCCCGCCGCAGACCUCCUGGUUCGAGUUCCUGCUGGAGGAGGCGCUGCUGGAGACGCACCUGAAGAAGCCCUGCCCUGAUCCUCCACCUGUUCAGUUGAUUGUCCAGUUUUUAGAGCAGGCUUCUAAGCCAUCAGUGAAUGAGCAGAACCAGGUCCAGCCUCCGCCUGAUAACAAGAGAAACCGUAUUUUAAAACUUCUUGCUCUUAAAGUUGCUGCACACUUAAAGUGGGAUUUGGAUGUACUUGAGAAAAGCUUGUCUGUUCCUGUACUGAAUAUGUUGCUGAAUGAACUACUAUGCAUUAGCAAAGUUCCUCCAGGAACUAAACAUGUAGAUGUGGACCUAUCCAGUUUACCUCCAACCACUGCAAUGGCUAUACUGCUCUACAAUAGAUGGGCCAUUAGGACCAUUGUCCAAAGUAGUUUUCCAGUAAAACAAGUGAAACCUGGUCCACCUCAGUUAAGUGUAAUGAAUCAGAUACAGCAGGAAAAGGAACUUACAGAAAAUAUUUUAAAAGUGGAAUGAUGCUCUAGAUGAAAUCUGUUUCAGAAUCUGUACAUGCAACACUGUUUGUGAUGUAAUGCAGGGUCGAGCAAUUGGUAUUCAGUUUAACCAGCUAUUUCUUAAACCAAACAAAGAGAAAAUAGACUUUCUCCUUGAGGUUUGUUCAAGAUCAAUAAACUUAGAACAUGCUUCAGAAUCUUUGAAAAGAAAAAUGGCAGCUUUUCUCAAGAAUAUGUGUUUGAGUUUGGAAGAUCUUCAGCUUGUCUUCAUGAUUUCCUCUCAUGAGCUGUUCAUAACCUUACUGAAAGAUGAUGAACGGAAGCUGCUCAUUGAUCAAAUGAGGAAAAGAUCACCUCGAAUCAAUCUGUGCACUAAACCUGUGACUUCGUUUUAUGAUAUUCCAGUGGGAAGUACCAAAUGUUUAUGGCAGUGUUAUCUUAGGAAUUAAAGACAACUUGACUAGAGAUUUGGUCUACAUCCUGAUGGCAAAGGGGUUACACUGCAGUGCAAUUAAGGAUUUUGUCCAUGCAAAGCAGCUUUUUGCUGCUUGCCUGGAGCUUGUGACAGAGUUUUCUCCAAAGCUGCGCCAGGUCAUGCUGAAUGAGAUGCUGCUCUUAGAUAUUUACACUCAUGAAGCAGGAGCAGGGGUUUCUGGAGAACGUCCUCCUUCUGAUUUGAUCAGCAGAGUCCGAGGAUAUUUGGAAAUGAGGGUACCCGAUAUUCCUCUUCGACAAGUUGUAGCAGAGGAAUGUGUUGCCUUCAUGUUAAACUGGCGGGAGAAUGAAUACUUAACUAUGCAAGUUCCUUUACUUCUGGUUCAGACUAAUCCUUAUGUGAAGUUGGGGCAGCUUUUGGCUGCUACAUGCAAAGAACUUCCAGGCCCCAAAGAAAGUAGACGGACAGCUAAAGACCUUUGGGAAGUUGUUGUGCAGAUCUGCAGUGUAUCCAACCAGCACAAGCGGGGGAAUGAUGGCAGAGUGAGUUUAAUAAAACAUAGAGAGUCUACAUUAGGCAUUAUGUACAGGAAUGAAUUACUCUCUUUUAUCAAAAAGUUACGGGAACCACUGGUUUUGACUACAAUAUUAUCUCUGUUUGUUAAGCUUCAUAAUGUUCGGGAAGACAUUGUGAAUGAUAUUGCAGCAGAGCAUAUUUCUAUUUGGCCAUCAACUAUUCCCAACCUUCAGUCAGUGGAUUUUGAAGCUGUAGCUGUUACCGUAAAAGAGCUGGUCAGUUAUGCACUGACUAUAAACUCAAACAACCACUUCUGGUUAAUUAUUCAGGCAGAUAUUUAUUUUGCAACAAAUCAAUAUUCAGCAGCCCUUCAUUAUUAUCUUCAAGCAGGAGCAGUAUGCUCUGAUUUCUUUAAUAAGAUGGUACCUCCUGAUGUAUACACAGACCAGGUGAUAAAAAGAAUGAUAAAGUGCUGUUCUUUGCUCAACUGCCACACCCAGGUAGCAAUUUUAUGUCAGUUCCUCAGAGAAAUAGACUAUAAAACAGCAUUUAAGGCACUGCAGGAACAAAACAGCCAUGAUGCUAUGGAUUCUUAUUAUGACUACAUCUGGGAUGUUACCAUUUUGGAAUACUUGACAUAUCUCCAUCAUAAAAGAGGAGAGACAGACAAGAGACAAAUAGCAAUUAAAGCUAUUGGCCAGACAGAGCUGAAUGCUAGCAAUCCAGAGGAAGUAUUGCAACUUGCUGCACAGAGACGAAAAAAGAAAUUUCUUCAAGCAAUGGCAAAACUUUACUUUUAAAUAUUCUUAUAAAUGCUGGUGUAGAGUGGAAAAUAUUUCACUUUAUUUAAGUUGUGUUGAGUAUUUGAAAUUUUUAUACAAUACAUAUUUACAAAAGCA